AUGCGGAAGUGCCAGGCGAGCGGGAGGCGCAGCUCCGGGAGAGCGCAGCUCGGCCCCGCCGCCCGGCCCGUGCUCCCGGGCGCAGCCACGCGGGUGCAUCGGAGACAGAUCCCUUUGCCAUGAACCAGCCGGCCCCCAGGCCCCCCCCUCCACCCCGCCGUGUGCGACUCAAGCCCUGGCUGGUGGCCCAGGUGAACAGCUGCCAGUACCCAGGGCUUCAGUGGGUCAAUGGGGAGAGGAAAUUCUUCUACAUCCCCUGGCGCCAUGCCACACGGCACGGCCCCAGCCAGGACGGAGAUAAUACCAUCUUCAAGGCCUGGGCCAAGGAGACAGGAAAGUACACCGAAGGGGUGGACGAGGCAGACCCGGCCAAGUGGAAGGCCAACCUGCGCUGUGCCCUUAACAAGAGCCGUGACUUCCGCCUCAUCUAUGAUGGACCCCGGGACAUGCCACCUCAGCCCUACAAGAUCUACGAGGUCUGCUCUAAUGGCCACGCUCCUGCAGAGUCACAGCCCAGUGAGGAUUACGCUUUUGGUGCAGGAGAGGAGGAGGAGGAGGAAGAGGAAGAGCUCCAGAGGAUGUUACCAAGCCUGAGCCUCACAGAAGCAGUGCAACCUGGCCCCCCCAUGGCACCCUAUUCCUUACCCAAAGAGGAUGUCAAGUGGCCACCCACUCUCCAGCCACCUGUGGUGCUGGGCCCUCCUGCACCAGACCCCACCAGCCUCCUGGGCCCCACUCCUGGCAACCCUGCUGGCUUUGGGGAGCUUCUCCCUGCGGUCCUGCCGAGCCUGCAGCCUGGGUCCCUGGCUGCCAGCCUGCCCCCCACAGGCGAACAACUCCUGCCCGACCUGCUGAUCAGCCCCCACAUGCUGCCUUUGACUGACUUGGAGAUCAAGUUCCAGUACCGGGGGCGGCCACCCCGUGCCCUCACCAUCAGCAACCCACAGGGCUGCCGGCUCUUCUACAGCCAGCUGGAGGCCACCCAAGAGCAGGUAGAGCUCUUUGGCCCCGUGAGCCUGGAGCAAGUGCGCUUCCCCAGCCCUGAGGACAUCCCCAGCGACAAGCAACGCUUCUACACAAACCAGUUGCUGGAUGUCCUGGACCGCGGGCUUAUACUCCAGCUGCAAGGCCAAGAUCUGUAUGCCAUCCGCCUGUGCCAGUGCAAGGUGUUCUGGAGCGGGCCCUGCGCCUCAGCCCACGGCUCACAGCCCAACCCCAUCCAGCGGGAGGUCAAAACCAAGCUCUUCAGCCUGGAGCAUUUUCUCAAUGAGCUCAUCCUGUUCCAGAAGGGCCAGACCAACACCCCGCCACCAUUUGAGAUCUUCUUCUGCUUUGGGGAGGAGUGGCCUGACCUCAAACCCCGAGAGAAGAAGCUCAUCACUGUACAGGUGGUGCCUGUAGCAGCUCGGCUGUUGCUGGAGAUGUUCUCAGGGGAGCUUUCUUGGUCAGCUGAUAGUAUCCGGCUACAGAUCUCAAACCCAGACCUCAAAGACCACAUGGUGGAACAGUUCAAGGAGCUCCAUCACAUCUGGCAGUCCCAGCAGCGGUUGCAGCCUGUGGCCCAGGCCCCUCCUGUGGCAGGUCUUGGUGCUGGCCAGGUGGCCUGGCCCAUGCACCCAGUCGGCAUGCAACAAUGAGACUGCGGAUAGUGACUGGCACGGGCUUCCCAGGUGUCUGUGUGGAUUCAUGUGGAGGUGCAAUGGCCCCAGUUGGCACCUGAUUGGCUCGCAGGUCCUCUCUGGGUCUUCUGGAAGUGGAUUUGUGCUGAGGGAAGAGAGCUCUGUGUUCCAGGCUCUCCUCGCAGCAUCUGAGGGAAGCUAGAAGCCACUUUUGCUUUCAGGGCUCAGUCUUCCUGGAUGUGCCUCGCCUCUGCUCACUCUGGAGGAACUCAGCCAUCAGCCCCGGUGAGCAGAGAACUCCCCCAACCCUAGGGGCCUAGCUGAGAGGGAUCUGUCCCAGAGUAGUGGCCCACCCUUGUGGUUGCCCCCCAAUUCCUCAGGCAAAGACAGUCAAGUGCUGUGGGCCAUGCUCUCUCAACAGGGCAUGGGCCUGAUCUGAUUUGGGGGUUCUCUAGUUUGAGCCUCACACCCUCAUAUCUGAGACAGAUAUGCACAUAGGUAUUAUACCAGAUGCUUAAGGCUGGCAGCUACCUCCUUGAAAGAACAUGGAAUAGAAGUGGAAUUUUAUGUAUUUUUCAAUUAAUAAAUAUUGAAAAGAUCCAGUUGCUUCCAUGCUGUUCUACCAGACCCGAUUUCUGAUAUCAGCUGGCUCUAUUUCCCCUAGCACCUGCCCUCCAUCUCUGGGGCCAUGACAGAGGGCGGGUCUGCCUUCUAGGUUGAUGAGUCAGUAGGGCGCCAGGAGCACUGAACUGGCUGGCUUUGCUUUCCAGGAGGAAGCUAGCUGAAGUAAGGGUGUGGAUUUUUAAAUGUAUGCAGCCUAAGAUCCUGUCCAAGUCAAACUCUGAGUACAACCGAUGUUAUGCAGGAAGGUUUGUUUCAUUGGUUUCAAUAUUAGAUAGAGCUCUGCAGUCAAGCUUAUUAGCUUAAAACCCAAUUACUUUAACAUACUGAAUGAUCCUAUUUAUAUAAAACUAAAGAAAAUGCAAACUAAUCUACAGUGACAGCAGAUCAGUGCCUACUUGAGCAUGGGGUGGAUGGUAAGAGGCAUGAGGAAACUUUUGGGAGUAAAGGUAUGUUCACUAUCUUGUGUCAAUGGUUUCAUGGGUGUAUCCUAUGUCAAAGCUUAUCAGCUGUAUAACUUCAAUAUGUGCAGCUUAUUCUAUGUCAAGCAUACUGCAAUACAGGUUUCUUUUUUUCAAAGACCAAAUAUUGUACUCAGUAGGUUAGGAAUUAAUCCAUCUACUUGGGUGGCCACAGGAGAAAGAAUAUACGUACCACAAAUGUAGCAUGAGCUUUAGGGUGAACUAGAAUAAAAGAUGCAGAAUGAGCCACUCCCCUGAAAUAUGAAGGGUCCGUGGCACCAAGAGCAGGCGCCUGCUGUUUAAACUCCAUAGGCAGCUGUCUACCAGGUAAUGGCUAAAACUGCUCACUCGUGUCAUCUAGCUGUGUCAUUUCAGAGCUCUGAGGCAGUAAAAGGAAGGAAAAACAAACACUGAUUAAAUUUUAAAAAUUUAUUUCUUUUCUUUUUUUUUUGUUUGUUUGUUUUGUUGCUGUUGAUUUGUUCUUGAGAUGGCUGUAACACCAGACAGAACAGUGCCCUCAAAUCUAACACCUGUGCAGGGCUGCAACUCCUUUAAAACAUUAAGAUCAGCUUUGGGCUUCCCUCUCCCGCCUCACCCCCCAACAAAGUCAAAUAAUUUCCACAUUUUUUAGUAAAAUACAGUUAGCCCUGUAAACACUUUCCCUCAUAUUCCCACCCACCCUCCUUUUUCCCCUCUCUCCUGUCUGUGGGUGAAAAAUUAAAAAAAAAAAAAAAAUUCUUAAAAAAACCUAAAACUUAGAAUAUACAUUUAUAUCCCACUCACCCUAAUUUUGGCUGAUGACAACCCACUGUGGAUUGGAAGUGGAUUUAGAGGUUGGAUAGAGUCAGGGUUGGGAUAUACAUGAAUUUUGGCCCUCACAGGUCCUGGUAUCACUGAUGUGACCAUGAUAUAAAACAAACAGGCUCCUCGUCUGAGCAACUCUAGAGGUGGGAAGAAACGCUGGGAGAGUGCGAUAAAUUUCUACUCGUUUUUGUUAAAAGAGGAGGGGGAAAGGGCAAGAAGGGAGGGUGGGAGAGAAAGAGAGGAAAAAACAAUAGAAAACCUUAAGAGAGGAUCCUGACCCUUUUCUUCCAAUUGCAGCGAUUUCAUCUGAAUUCCCAUUUUCUCUAAGUAAAUGGUUUCUGCUUCAUAAAAAUUUGUACUUUUAUUUUAUUGUAUGUGCACAUGCAUGUUAGCAUGUGUGUGUAGGUACGUGUGUGUAUGUGUGCAUGUCACUGCUGCCAAGUGAACGUUUCAGUUCUGGUUUCAGUUUAGUUUUCCUUUUUUUUUUGUUUCCUUUUUUAUUUCUUUAAAAUUACUUUUCCUUUUGAAACAAGUUCACCAGGAAACCAGCUCCCCUCCCACCACACCGGACAGGCCACAGCCAUCUUUUUUUAAACCGCGCUGAUUUUCCCUCACACCCCCAAACAGGAACUCCUCAGGAUGGCCUCUGAAGGCUGGAGUCUCUCCCUGUCUGGCGGGACGCCCUGGUGGCGGUGAAGGCCCCUCUGCCACAAUGGAGGUUUCUGAUUGUGGGACACAGUCUGGUUUUUGUUUUCUUCCUGUCUUCUAAUUAAAAAAGACAUUCCUGACAAAAGAGAGGAAACAGUCAAUAAUUGUGGUCCAGGACAUAGUGAGCUUCUUAUAAAGUCAAGGCAGACGUUUCUCUACUUGCUCAGGUACCUCAUUCUACCCUCUGCAACAAGGACUCGGUUUAAAAAAAAAAAAAAAAAA